UUCUGAAACCGGGUUGAACGAGUCUAAACUCAGUAGAUAGUGACUCGUAUAGCAUUGUUUAGGUUCAAGCUGAAGAUCGAAGGUCUGUAUUACACAGCCGACAAUACGAUCAUUACAGAAGCCUCAAACCAUCAAAUUAUGAGAACCCAUAACAAUCUAUGUCUUAGUCUUACAGUUCUUAUUCUUUUUCUUUCCCUUACAUUAGCUAUAAAUCAAGCGGAAUGCGAAGUUAUAACGUUAACUCCUGACACUUUCUCUGACAAGGUGAAGGAAAAAGACACUGCAUGGUUCGUGAAAUUUUGUGUUCCUUGGUGUAAGCAUUGUAAGAAUCUGGGGUCUUUAUGGGAGGACUUGGGGAAGGCAAUGGAAGGGAAUGAUGAAAUAGAGGUUGGAGAAGUUGACUGUGGUGCAAGCAAAUCUGUAUGCACCAAAGUUGACAUUCAUUCCUAUCCUACGUUCAAGGUCUUUUAUGAUGGAGAAGAAGUUGCAAAAUACCAAGGUCCAAGGGAUGUUGAAUCAUUGAAAACAUUUGUUCUGGAGGAAGCAGAGAAGGCUGCAAUGAAAGCAGAGGUUGAUAGUGAUGCGGAGUUGUGAUCAUUUUUAAGUUGUGGUACUUCGUAGUGAGACCAAGAUACAGAGUAGCUCUCUCUAGCACAGCUCAUAGACUCAUUUUCCAUGUCGUAGCUGGGUCAUGAAGUCGUUAGUUAUUGCAGGUCUCAGCAAAGUUGUUUGUGUUCACACCUUUUCAGACAUUUUUAUUUAAUAGAAUGGAUGUAGUAUAAAACUUAAAAUUCAUAUUAGAAGAAUGAUCUUCUAAUAUAGGGUAAUAUGAAAUUUAUAUAGAUUCAGACUCUUAAAUUGUGAUUCUUCAAAAGUUUUUAUUAUUUGAUAUCAAAAUUAUCAUUAUAUCA